AUGACUCCCGAGAUUGGAAGCCUCCGAGCCCUCAAGAACGGCGACAGCCAAUACGUUGGCAGCUCCUCAGGCGUCUACUUCAUCAACACCGUUCGCAGGGCAUUCGCCACCACCCCGGAUGCAGAAUCAGAAGAGAGGCAGCACGCCAGCGAAAAUGGAGAACGGCUGCUCAAUGACCCGUCACCAGAGGACUGUAUCGUCGGCGGAGAUGAGCAGGUCGGUCGCAACAUGGGGCUGGAGGCUGGAGCAUCAGGCGAAGCCGGCAUUACCCAGACGAACGAUCAACGCCAACCAGCAACUGCAAGCCCAUCCUUUGAUUUGAGCAAACUGCCUGACUAUGCCAUAGCCAGGCAAUUAGUCUUGACAUAUUUCCGCAUCUGGCAUCCCCUCGUCCCCUUCCUCCAUGGACCAGAAUGCCUCUCCCAGCUAGACGCCCUCUACCGCGACACAUCUACCACACCUCUCAGCCGUCUCGUCACCUUCAAAUGCAUCUUCAACAUCGCUCGCCUCGAGAGUGACAAUAUCCCUGACCUAUCCUCCAUCUCCAUCCGCUCGGCUUCUGAUCUCCUCCCCACGCUAGGCCUCCUCGCUCUCCAGUGCGACAUCCCUUCCAUCCAAGCCCUGCUCGCCGCCCAGGUCUACUUCAUAUCCACAAUGUCCCUCCGGCACGCGUCAUCCGUCGGUGGGCUAAUCUCAAGAUCCAUAUUUCAGACGGGCAUGCACCGCUGUCCAUUCCGGUACUGGCACUUGUCCCCUGAAGACCGGGAUAUGCGGAAACGCAUCUUCUGGAGCUUUUACGUACUUGACCGGUUUCUGAGCCAGUCCCUAGGGCAUCCGAAUGGAAUACAGGAUUCUGAUAUCGAUGUUUGUGCGCCCGGUCAUCGAGACUUGCAUGAACCCGUUGCGCAGUCGGUGCUUUCACCGUCGAGUGCUGCUGCAGCGGAUAAUCUGAUUCUUCACCUGCCGGCCAACCACCCCGACAGACGUCUAGCAUCUCCACGACUGCGAGCCCAGAGCAGAGAUCCCUCGCCUGAGGAGAGUGCAGACCUAGGGCAGAACCCAACUGAGACUCCAAACGGGCCAUCGAGGAGAACAGUGGCCAUUCUCCAGCACCGCCGAGAAACCCAGUCCGUUUUGGAAAACCACGUGCGGUACUCCCAGCUAGUAGGAAGGUUACUCGAGAUAUUCCACAAAUCGAUACCAGAUAGAAGAGCCGACGAUCAGACUGUCCUCUUCCUCAAAGCAGACGUGUCAGCAUGGGGAAACAGUUUGACUCAACCACGCCUCGAUUCAAGGGCCAAACAGGAAAAUCCAGAGCUUACACCAGAACCAACAGUCUUCCCUUUUGUUUUGUAUCAUUACUGCGUACUCCUUCUCAACAGGCCUACACUAUCCCUCGAUCCCUCGAGCGCCGAAUUCAGGGCCGGCUUGCAGGUAUGCAUCGGGGCUGCGAGCAGUAUCAUCGAGACAGUUGGAGAGUACUCGGGCCUUGGGGGACCUUUAUUCUGGCCCGGGUAUAUGACGGCUGUCUGGAUGAGUGGCCUCAUUUUGGCUCUUGCCACAUGGCUCCAGUCAUAUAGUCCAGCCAAGGCCAUAUCUGGGGUAUCGUCCGCCUUGGGUCUCUUAACUUCUAUGACCCAUCGCUGGCGUAUGGCAAAGGAUUGUAAAGAGGUCUUGUCCAUGUUAUUGAGGAGCAUUGAGGUAGACCUGCUCAUAGUGGUCGGCCAUCGAGCAUUGGACCUGGUUCAACAAAACGACGUGCCACAGAGAGUCCCAGAACGCGUCUCCGCUCUGAAACCCAACCCUCACCACAAAUUCCAUCCAGAGCCCUUAGAGGAUCAUCAAACGCCCGUAAUCCAUCAACAGCGAACAGCCCUCUCCCAAGGUCAAGCCUACGAAACGGCCCUGAUACUCGGCACGACAACUUCCCAAGAAACGACUGCUGCAACCCAGACACGCUAA